CAUCUCCCAGAAUGCAGCGCGGCGCUGCAGCCUCUUUGUUGCCGGAAAGCUCCGCUCGAGAAUGAUACAGCCGCGUGAUAAUCUCAGGCUGGAAAAUGGAGACUGGGGCCAAGAAGGUGAACUCCAAGCAGUGACCGCUGGCUCACUGCCAACCCCUGGCAGCUUCCCCCAGAGCACCACAGCGGCGGGCCGUUUUCUCCGGGCUGAGCUGGACCUCAGUGCUCGACUGCAAAUGCUGAACUUUGGGGAACCGGUGCGGUACAUCUAUAACCCUCUGGAAUACGCCUGGGAAACACAUCGCUGCUAUGUGGAGAGGUACUGCCAGGAUGGACAGAGCAUCCUCUUUCUGGGAAUGAAUCCAGGGCCGUUUGGAAUGGCCCAGACUGGGGUGCCAUUCGGUGAGAUCAAAGCUGUCCGUGAUUGGCUAAAGAUCACAGGAGAGGUGGGACACCCACUGAAUGAGCAUCCCAAGCGGCGAAUCAGUGGUCUGGCCUGCACCCAGAGUGAGGUCAGUGGGGCACGGUUCUGGGGAUUCUUCAGGGAGCUCUGUGGAGAACCUGACACCUUCUUUCGCCACUGUUUCGUACACAACCUCUGCCCGCUGGUCUUCAUGAGCGAAUCCGGAAAGAAUCUGACCCCACCGGAACUGCCGGCAGCGGAACGGGACGCCCUGCUUUCACACUGUGACGCUGCACUGUGCCAGGUGGUCAGUGGUCUGGGGGUCUCGAUGGUAAUCGGAGUGGGUAAAGUGGCAGAACAGCGAGCUCGUAAAGCUCUCUCGGAAGUGGGCAGCACUGUACGGGUGGAGGGCAUCCUGCACCCGUCUCCGAGAAGCGCACAGGCCAAUAAAGGCUGGGCUGCUAUGGCCAGAACUAAACUGGAGGAGUUGGGAGUGUUGAGUUUGCUCACCAAGUGACUGUUAAGGACUCCUUUCUUGAGCAUUACUCAAACAGUGUCUGUGAACAGAACCAUUUUUACCAUACAGCAGGUUUGUACACUGUACUAUACGCUGUAUUACAGUGUUUUAGGGCCACUGUUAAAAAAAAAACAGUAGACUUUGAGAAUAAAGUUGUAAUAUUUCAACAAUAAAGUCGUAAUAAUGUUAUACUUUCACCAUUAAAAAAUACUCAAUCUCUUUGCAUUAGACUGUUAAUAGUAUAAAGGAAUAUAUUACAAAAAAAAUACAGAGUAUAAAAAUGUACAGUUAAUUCCGACUUUAUUCUCAUAAUAGUUUACUAUUAUGGUCCUAAAACGCUGCCAUAGAUUUCUGUGCAGGGCAGCUGUAAUAAUCAUUUUUGAACCUUUUUUAUAUUUGCUUGGUUACUUUUAAUGAAAAUAUUCCGCUAUUCCAUAACUGCAAAAAAAUUAUGAUUAUUUGUUUUUAUAUGGAAAGAGAGUAGAGUCUCAUCAGGAUUUUUAUGCUGUUUUGUUAUUACUGUAACACCUUCAUAUCUCUAGAAUGAAAAUGUCAAUUUCAGUUUUGUAAAAUGUUCUUAAUUUUAGUGUCUAUUCAUUUUACUGUUGUUAUACUGGCUGGCCAAAAAUAAAAGUCACCUCCAAGAAAAAAGGGCACACACUCUAAGAUUUGUUGGACUGCCUUUAGCUUUGACUGCAGCACGCAUUUACUCUGGCAUUGUUUCAAUAAGCUUCUGCUAUUUCACAAGAUUUAUUUCAAUCCAGUGUUGCAUUCAUUUUUUUACCAAGAUCCUGCAGCAGCAUUGAUGAUGUUAGAGUCUGACCGCUGCCCAAAGCCUUCUCCAGCACAUCCCAAAGAUUCGCAAUGAGGUUGAAUCCUGGUAUUGUCAUCUUGGAAAAUGUCUGUGCCAUCAGGGAAUAAACAGAUGUGUAUAACUGAUUUGGUUGCAGCACAGUGAAGGUUUUUGGUAAUAAAACAGUGGAAACCA